UGUGACGACGGGUUUCAAACGCAGACUAGACGACGGUCGUUUUUCUUUUUACAGGGCACAGUUAGAAAAAGAACGAGGGUCGCCGGUCGUCAUUGUUUAUAUCGCACCGUGCAAAUCUAACGGACACAAGAAACACGUCGUCGUAUUAAUUAAAAAACAACACCAAGACACUCUGAGACAGUAGGACUUCGGACCUUUGACUUUGUGGAUAUAUUUCCAGCUCGGUGUUUUUGACGGCCGAGUAGCGGAAUCAGUAACUCGUCGGAAUUAUACUCAAGUGACAGUGCACAUCUAAACUGCACACCCCCAAGCGCCAAUGCCGACCAUGAAUGCCGUAGACGGAGAUUGACUUGAGUAGACGAAAAGCACUGCGGCUGGCAAUGCAUGAAUAAAUUCUCCUGAAUGUUGCUGAUCAUGUCAAGAGCAAAUGCUGAUGUGUAGGAAGAACCCAAGUUUAUUCCUCUGAUAUGCUGUAAAGUGUAAUGAGAUGCCAGUAUGAGCAGCAAUGUCAACGUCAGACCGAAUGUUCUUAAUCUAGCUGAAAGAACAUCGGUUUCGUCCAAGAGAACGGUCCGAGCACCUUUGACCAAGAAAAGAAGCAAAGGAAUACCCCUCUGUGAAAGGGUAACCCUUGAGCGAGUUCUUGGCUUUACUGUAAAAGACAACAGAACGUUUGCAUGUGACCCAAACACAGGCCUUGUCGUGUAUCCAGCGGGAUGUGUUAUUGUACUGUUUAACCCUCGAAGGAACAAGCAGUCUCACAUAGUCAACCAUUCAAGAAAGACAAUAACAUCAUUGGCUAUCUCUGGAGAUGGAAAAAAUAUUGUUUCUGGAGAGUGUGGACAUAAACCAGCAGUCCGAGUUUGGGAUGUGGAGGACAGAACACAAUUGGCAGAAUUCCAUGGACACAAGUUUGGAAUUAAUUGCGUGGCGUUCUCACCCAACCUCAAGUAUGUGAUAUCAGUAGGAGAGCAGCAUGACAUGGUGGUCAAUGUGUGGGAUUGGAAGACUGGAAGUAAACAUGGCACCGGCAAAAUAUCCAUCAAGGUGACAGGUCUUGCUUUCUCUGAGGACGGUAGCCGGUUUGUGACUGUCGGCAACAGAAGUGUUAGAUUCUGGUACAUGGCCAUCAAAAGCAAGACAAGGCAAACUGUUCCCCUCAACAGCAGGUCAGGUAUUCUGGGAGAGCAGAGAAAUAACUUCUUCUGUUCCGUGGCCUGCGGGCUUGGGGUCAACCAGAGCAAGACAUACGCAGUCACAAAAUCUGGUCUCCUGUGCGAGUUCAGUGAACAGCGGCUGCUUGACAAAUGGGUAGAACUCAGGACCACCAAUGCUUACUGCAUCAUCGCAACUGAUGAGUAUCUAUUUGUGGGCUGCACCGAUGGAAUAGUUCGUUUGUUCAGCGCCUCCUCGCUAAACUUCGUUGCCACACUUCCACGGCCGCACUUCUUAGGGGUGAACGUUUCAGAGGGCAUUGACCCAAGCCAUAUGAUCACACACAGCGAAGAUGCGAGGUUCCCUGCAGUCAUGGCAAUCACCUGUGAUGAUGUCAAUAAGAAAAUCACCUGUAUCUACAACGACCACAGCAUGUACGUGUGGGAUAUCCGAGAUGUGAAGAAGGUAGGCAAGCAGCGCUCCUUCCUCUACCACUCAUCUUGCAUCUGGGGUGCUGAGGUGUACCCCUCGCUGUCUGAGAGUGAUAAAGAAGCCCUCCCUCCUGGCUCGUUCCUGACCUACGCUUCCGAUGAUACCAUUAGGAUAUGGAAUGUUGACCCAGCUAUGAAUACAGAUACGUUCAAGAGGAACAUCUAUAGCAAUGAGCUUCUGAAAGUCAUCUACGUUGACGACCAGCUUGAGAAUUUGUGCAACGUCAGCGGCAGUUCAUCAGCAGCGUCUGACAAGGGUGAUUCCGUAGAGGGCAAGAGUGGUAUCCGCUGUGUCAGCAUCAGCUCUGACGGUCAGCUACUGGCCUCAGGCGACCGGUCUGGUAACGUCAGGGUACACGACAUGCAGUUCAUGGAUGAGGUGCAUAAGAUUGAAGCUCACGACUCGGAGGUGCUUUGUCUGGAGUUCUCAAGACCAGACUCAGGUUACUAUCUACUAUGUUCUGCCAGUCGAGACAGGCUGAUCCAUGUAUUCAACAUGCAGGAAGAUUGUUCACUCGUUCAGACAAUUGAUGAUCACUCCUCUUCAAUAACUGCCGUCAAAUUCACACAAGCCAAUGGCCGUCUUCAGAUGAUCAGCUGUGGUGCAGAUAAAGCUCUCAUGUUCAGGGUCGUUACUCAGAAUCCAGAUUUUGAGUUUAUCCGUAACCACCACGUUGUUGGCAAGACAACCAUCUAUGACUUAACUGUAGACCCGACUGAAAAGUAUGUUGCCACUGCCUGCCAAGACAGAAAUAUCAGAAUUCACAAUGCAGUGACAGGCAAACUGAAGAGGACAUACAAGGGUUCCUUAGCUGAAGAUGGUACACUCAUUAGAGUGGAGGUAGACCCAUCUGGAAUGUACAUAGCUACAAGCUGCUCUGAUAAGAGUGUAGCGCUAUUUGACUUCUAUUCAGGAGAGUGUGUUGCUACUAUGGUUGGUCACUCUGAGUUGGUAACAGGAAUUAAAUUCACCAAUGAUUGUAAGCACCUCAUCUCAACAUCGGGUGAUGGGUGUAUCUUUGUGUGGCGAUUACCAUGGGGCUUCACCCACAACAUGAAGGAAAGACUGAGUGAGAUUGGUCAGCAUAUGCAGGAGACCCCUCAAUAUCCACAACUCAGUAGGCGAGGCACGUACGUAGUCCCUCCUGAGCUAAUGGGGGACCCUGGCGCUGUUGCCACAGAGACAAGACACAAUAAUAUAAAUAACAGCAGAGCCAUGGCAUCAGUCACAGGGGGCGCCAACUACCCUGAGCAGGAGGAGAUUAUUAUUGAUGAGCAGGAAGACGACGAUGAUGAAGAAGAAGAUCAGACGGACUGGCAAGCCAAGCCUAAACUACAAAGCACAGCAGACCUUCCUCUGUGGGCGAAGAAGCAGGUGUGUGGAGAGGACAUACCCAGCCCAACAACCUACAGUAACCCCACCCAGCCAAGAGGUCGCUGGGCUCAACGUCUGGACUCCAAGGGCUUCAAGGUCAAGUCUGAAUGGGACGCACACCGAGACAUUGAGCUCAAGAUGGAAGAAUGCAUCGAUCGAAGACGCUACACGGUAGAACCAGAAGCCUUGGCAGAUCAAGUAAGACAUUUUGCUCUUCUUCAUUCUGCUGCCCUUGCUGAAGCAGAGAAAAUUCAGAACACCCUUACAAUUGAAGAAGCGGAUGAAUUUGUGUCUGCAGAGGAAGGACUAGCUGGUCUGGAAGAGCAAGUCAAUAUUUCAAAUCCAUUGUUAAAAGGGUUUGUGACCUCUUCCCGUGGUAGUGACCCCUUCCUACCACCCACCAGUCAUCCCACCGAUGCACUGAUGAGCCCAGAUACGCCCGACGAUGACCAAGGCUCUGCUAAGCUCGAUGAGGAAGCUGAAGAGGAAGAAGAAGAAGAGGCCAAUGAGGUCAUCAUUUAUCCACCGAGUGAGGAAUCCAUUACAUCACCAGAGAGUUUGCAGUUUCUGGUGACGGAGUCUACGUCCAGCAUGGAGGAGCUUCAGAGACGAAGAGCUCGAUCCUUCAUCAAACAUGAGCAGAAGGAGAAGGAGAGUCCAAGAAAUAGUCGGGUCAUUCAGGAUGAAGAUCUUGCUAAAGCUGAGGGAUCUGAGAGCACCGAUCCAGUAAGUCUUGGCACAAGUGAAGAUGAAGAAGAAGAUGAAGAUGAAGAAGAAGAGGAGGAGGAGGAGGAGGAAGUAGAAGAAGAAUCCAAACCCUCCAUGGAUGAUGACCCCUCCUCCUCAACGAGCCCCUCCACUAGCGGCAAUAACACGGAGAGCGCCACCACAAGUCAGGAUUCACCCAGUCCCGAUCAGGACAAAGAUGAAGAGAGUUUCCUGCACACCAACUUCACCUUCGCUGAGAAGGAGAAGUUCGGCAAGUGUUUGGAGCAGCUUCAGUCGGGCUUUGCCUCGGUGGGGAUCAGUAACGGUAUGCAGCAUCGGCUGAGUAUCUCAUCCAAGUUCCUGUCAAGGUCGCAGUCGAGUCAUCUCAAGAGUAUAGCGUCAAGUAUGCACAAGAUGCCAACAUCAUCAGUGGGCGGAGUCACGGCUCAAGUGUACCUUCAACGUCGCAAGGACGUCAUGGCUAGAGCUGUAGAUGAGACUAGACGGAGACUACAAUCUAUGGGAUGGAAAUCGUUAUCCCUUAGUAGUAAGUCUACAACAUCCUCAUCAUCUUCCUCCUCCACUACAACAACUACCCCUAACUUAACGCCCACAUCACCAAAGAAAUCCCUCCAAACUGCCAGUAGUCAGGAACAUUCCAAAGAAGGCGAGAUGCCUGUGAACAUUGAACAGGUGGAGGUUGUUAAGGAACCUGCCAAGAGCACGGACUUAACGGACCAUGAACUAAAUGAGAGAGAUGCUCCAAUGGAUGUUAUUAACAAGGAACAAGAUUCUGAGAAAUUUGUGGAAACUGUCGAAGCCAAAACCGAGUCUCAGCAAACGUUGCUUGAGAAUUCUGACGUCAACGAGAAGGAGGCAGUGAAGGAGGACUUAACCGUGACUGAAGAAUCCAGACAGGUUGUUGAAAAGGAAUCUAAUGAAACCCUAGAAACCAAAGAGUCGCAGACGACAAACGAAGACAUUCCUUCAUGUGAUCAAACUGAUACAAGAUUAUCAGCGUUGACUGAUGACAGUGGUCAAGCUUCGCUUGAUGUAACGGAGGUGUCGGCGUCCGACUUGAAUGUUCUUACUGAUGUUUCAAUUUCUCGUCCAUCGAGCCGCUCAGAGAGCAUCAUCAGCUCGGACAGCCAAUCCAGCGUCAUCACCACAACAUCGGAGCACUUGCCCAUCAUCAAAGGCAAAAGAUCCUCGACUAAGGAUACCACUGAGGCAGUGGAGAAGGCCAACAAGGAGAACUUGGAGAGGACCUCUAAGUAUGAGUCUCAUCAGAGUCGUAGAUCAAUAUCGUCUGGUAGUAGGAGCAAGGUAGAGAGGAUGAAGGCCAGGAAAGAGCAGACGUCGGUUACGACCAUGAGGAAGGCAACAUCCAUGUCUGAUCUUAGAGAAGCAUCCAAGGAUGAAGAAGGCAGAACUGAAUCUCCCACUUUCAACAUUGUGCUAAAGACUCACCCUCGUAGUCAGAGCGUUGAGAGGAAACGUAUACGAGCCAACAGUCCAGCGAGGGAGAAAUAUCGAGCUCGCACAGAACGUGUUCUUCCGAAUGUUCCCAACCUCUUGAAGCCAAAGUCUUAUGAGAUUGGAACGACUAGCUCUCGAGCCAAGAAAUCCACGCGGAAGGAGAACGACACCCCUCCUUCCUCGCCCUCAAGGCUGAAGAAGAAAAAGAGACCCUCCUUGGGAGGUGCUGUUGAGGGCUCCAAACCGUCCAAGUCGGAAGAAACUUCACCUGAGACCGAAUCUGUCACUGCCAGGUUCACAAGGGCAGGGGACACGCAAUCAGCAAAGGAUUCGCUGGUUGAGAAAACUCAACAGCAGUCGGAAUCUGCUAUAGAGUUGACGGACAAAACAAGCAAUGAUCAACUGAUCAAUGAAGCCGUCUCCCAAAUAGAUUCAACUCAGAUCCCAGAUGAUCUCGCACGAUCAACUUCUCCACAGUUAACCAGUGAUGCAUCGUCUCAACAAGACAUUGAACCUAACUCUAAAGAUAGUGGUGACGCACUGGCAAUGCCUCCACCGACGAGCACAACGGUUUGUAAGAGCAGCAGAACCUGUCGAAGGUCCUCUGCUUCCAAAGCUGUCGAGGAGUUAAGGCAGCGGAAACGUAGCUCAUCAAACACUCCACCCCCUACUAAUGAGACUGCUACAUCAGGGGAUCAGAGGACCUCCAGCGACUCCGUCUCAGCAUCGGAUCAUUCUCAGGUGGAUUCAACUCGUUCCUCAAGGAGGAAAGUGGCAGCUGCAGCCUACCGGGAGAAACGAAGUAAUAGUUUGAACUUAACCAGGCGGUCAUCACCACCACGCUCAUCAUCGCCAUGCCCAACAUCACCCCGCCCCUUAUCACCACGCCCUGCCUCCCCACGCACUGCCAGGAAAGGAUCAGCUCCUAUCAUCAAAGUGGAGUUUAACCAAAACGGUGAGUCACCCAAGAAAGACUUGGUGAGACCCGUGCCUAGAAGACGUCGGCGAGAGAAGUCUGAAAGCAGUGAGACUAAUGCCUCUAAUAAUAAUAACACAACCAACCACUCUGAAGAUGGUAACACUCAUUCACCAAGAACUCAGACUGACAGAAGGAGAUCUUCACUGAAUAAUGAGACUGUUGAGAGGAGUUCAUCACCUAGAAUAGAUCAUCUUGAUAGAGAGGUCUUGGAAGCUGCUGGAACAACGAGUGAGUCGAUAGAUCAGGAUGCAUGUAAAGCCACAGGGAUAAGAGUUCCAAGUCCUGAAGGGGGGUCACCAACCUUGACCUUUGACAUGAUGAAGGCCAAAGUGGACACAAUGAAGACAGCGUUUGAUCAAUGUCUGGAUCUAUGUUAUCAGAUUCGCUCUGCCGAAGGUGAGAAUCAUCAGCAUUUCUUCGACUACUUCAACUCAACUUUAAGUCAGAUGCAAUCUGCCUCCUCUACCAUCUCCUCUACCAGACAACAACGGCAUCUCCUUAACCCUUCAGUCACAACCGACGACACCAUGUCCGAUGUCAGUGAAACCUCACUGCCAUUUGACGAGGUCCCACAGUCCUUUUCGUCAGGUAUUCCUACAACCAGACAGUCAAUGGUCUCUCCGACGGAUAUCAACGCCCUGAAGUCCUCCCUGGCAUCCUGUCAGAAGACUCCGGCUAAUGGAAUGACUGUGGAGGGAGAGACGACUUCGGCUGUUGCUCUGCUGGACCACUACUCGGAUCUCUUAGUGUCCCUCGUUAGGCAGAAGAUCGGAGAUGAGGUGAGUGAAGGGACUACUACGACAGAGACUCAACAAACUUUGGAACCUGCUUUGUAGGACAUUACGGUUGGCAAAAAGAAAACAGUAUCGGGUCACGCUGUGACAGUGUGAAGAUGGGAGAUGCGGUGAGUGAAGGGACUACUACGCCAGAGACUCAACAAACUUUGGAACCUGCUCUGUAGGACAUUGUGGUUGGCAAUAAGAGGGGGACAGUAUUGUGUCUCGCUGUGGCUAUGUGAAGAUGACGAACAAUGACAGGUCCGGUUGACUGUCUUGGUAUUCAUGCUCAACAACUCCAAAGAGAGUGAACUAAACAAUUUGAUUUCUUAUUCUGUUUACCCAAAACACAAGCAACAACUGCAGGUAUACAAACUUUGAAGCCUGCUCUGUAGGACAAUAAGGCUUUCAACAAGACGAGAACAGUAUCACGUCACUAUGUGACUGUGUGAAGAUGAUGAACAGGGACAGGUUAACUGUCUUGCUAGUAUUAAUGAUUGCAUUAUAAAGAAACAAGUCCUAAGACAAAACACAAGCAAGUACUGCAGAUAUAUUUCCACUGCUUGAAUUCUUAUAUUCUUAAAAGAGAAUUACCAAGCACUGUACUGCCCCUUCAGUUAGUAGAGAAAGUUAUAAAGAUAGACUUAACCAAACAUGAGAAAUUUCAAUCUUUCUGAGAAAAAAAAGUAGCUGUUAUUUUCUCUGUAUCUAAAGAAAUCCAGUUAUUUUCAUCUGCUUUUCUAGUGCUUAGGAAAUGGUUUCUGAGAGCACCUUGGAAUCUAUAACUCCAGGGGUUACUAAAAGGUUGAAAUGUCAUCCUUUCAACAAACCUCCAAACAUUUCGAGAAUGGUUUAAUACAUUUUAAUCCGGAAUGUCUCUCACCACCGCCUUACGAAUCUUGCACCCACCGCCGGAAAGUCAGUUUAGAAUUGGAACAUGAACAGCAUACAAAAUACAAAACUUGAUGUUCAGUGAAACAUUUAUUCUUACCAGAAACUUAUUGUUUGAAUUUUGUAUCAAAGUUAAAUUCGUCUUCCCAAAAAAAAAGAAAUUUUGCAAUUUUUUUUUUCAGCAUUGUUAAAAUUUCAGAUUCACUACCAACCUCUUUUAAGAUUUUGUUUUAUAAAUUAGGAUAACAUAAAACCCAAUAAGCUUGGGCGAUAUCGAUUGAUUUUAUUCACGAUAUAUCGCCGACAAUAUAUCGCGAUAUUCGAUAUAAUCGCGAUUAAUUAAACUUGACAUCAGUCUUCUAACUCCCAUUGAAAGUUGUAGAAGAGACAGUCAUAGCAUAAGAGAGGUGUUUUAAUGACCUAUUCUUCUGGUUUUACUCCAA